AUGGGGGUGUUGAUGUCCAAGCGGCAGACAGUGGAGCAGGUGCAGAAGGUGAGCCUGGCUGUGUCUGCCUUCAAGGAUGGGCUGCGGGACAGGUCUUCCAUCCGACGCACAGGUGAACUUUCGGGGUCUCACCGUGGCACGGCAGAGGGCUCUGUCCAGGAGGUGCAGGAAGAGAAAGAAGCAGAGGCAAGCACCCCAGCACUCCAAGAAGAGAGCGGUGUCAACCGUGCCGCCUGGGAGAGGCUCCGGGAUGGGCGUGGAGUGGAGCCGGAGGAGUUUGACAGGACCAGUCGUUUCACACCCCCUGCCUUCAUCCGCCCCACCCGGAAGCUGGAUGAUGACAAGCCUCCAGAUAUCCGCUUGGAGCCCAGAGAGCCUGUUGUUAAUGAUGAGAUGUGUGAUGUCUGUGAGGUCUGGACAGCCGAGAGCCUCUUCCCGUGCAGGGUCUGCACCAGGGUCUUCCACGAUGGCUGCCUGCGCCGCGUGGGCUACAUCCAAGGAGACAGUGCCGCGGAGGUGACUGAGACGGCAAACACGGAAACAGGCUGGAGCUGCCACUACUGUAACAACCUCAACUUGCUGCUAACUGAGGAAGAAAUGUACAGCCUCACAGAGACCUUUCAGCAGUGUAAAGUUAUCCCCGACUGCUCCCUGACGCUGGAUGAUUUCCUGCGCUACCGCCACCAAACAGCGAAGCGAGGGGACAGUGACAGGGCUCUAAGUGAGGAGCAAGAGGAGCAGGCAGCCCACCAGUUUGCAGCCCUGGACCCUGAACACCGAGGACACAUAGAGUGGCCUGAUUUCUUGUCCCAUGAGUCCCUCCUACUUCUACAGCAAUUACGUCCCCAGAACUCUCUGUUAAGGCUUCUGACAGUCAAGGAGCGGGAGCGAGCCCGGGCCACUUUCCUGGCCCGGGGCAGUGGGAGCACUAUCAGUGAGGCAGAGUGCCGCCGUGCCCAGCACUCUUGGUUCUGCAAACGCCCCCCAGAUGCUUCUUCCUGCAGUGUCAGCGUCAGCCAUGUGGGUCCCAUAGCAGACAGCAGCCCAGCGAGCAGCAGCAGCAAGAGUCAGGAAAAGGCCCCGCUGCCCACAGAGCCUGAGUCCAGAUUUGUGGACUGGCCUACCUUCCUGCAGGAGAAUGUCGUCUACAUCUUGGCUGCUCGCCCCAACAGUGCAGCCAUUCACCUGAAACCCCCAGGAUAG